AUGGCAUCACCUAAAUUAAAUGGCACACAGCAGCCUGUUUCUAAUGGUAUAAUUGCUAAGCAGGCGGUCAACCAGAAUGGAGGACACAUUGGUGGAGCAUUGAAUGGCGCGACGCAGGGUGGAGGAGAUGAAGAACGGGCAACCCACCACAACGUGGUUAAUGGUGUUGCGCAGGACAAGAUGGAGGAGGGUACUUCCGACCAUCCAGUGAACAGAUUGGAUGGACUUCCUGCAGAGAUCAGGCACCUCACCCAGCACUUUCGCCCUUUUCAUAAAGUGGUACAUCGCUCAGUCCAGCAGACGUUUAACGGCUAUUCCGACCUACUGGACCAGCUAUCCGAACUCACUGUCGCGCCCAGCCUGACAGCAUCAAAUGCCUCUUACGUAAAACCUCAGGUCAACGGGGCUGCCUCCGGCGACCAGUCUCCAGAAAACCUGGAAAAGAAAGAUCGCAUACUCAAAUUCCAGCAAGAUCAGCGAGCACUGUAUAUCAAGUUUCUGGUGCUCCAUGAUUGGUUUCAGAAGUCGCGAGGUAUCGACCAGGUCAUCGAGAUCAGUAUGUGGAUGCACGACCAGAGAACUCAUUUUGCUCAGGCUGCUGAUUUCAUUGGGAAUAUGAAACGUGAGCUUGCGAUGUGGCAGGUACCUAACCCAGAUCUCCAGACAGCCGUUGAGAUACUAUCCAAUGGAAGGGCUUCGGCAUUAUCCGAUCUUGGUUACGUGCCGAAGAAGCCACUGUCUUCAAAGGAAAUGCUACGGACACUAGAGGACAUCAACAUACUUCUCUGCACCCGGCUGAGCUUGCAAGACCGAGUCCCAGAACCUCUGUCGAAAUACUCAAUACACGAUGGACGUGUUACUUUCAUCGUCCCUCAUGAAUUUGAGCUUGAUCUUUCCGUCGCUGAUGAGGACCCUACAUCUCAGUUUUAUUUCAUCGACUUCAGAUACCUGUUUUCACAGCGCUCUACGUUUCUCAGUGGCAGGCUGCACGACGAUUUUGCUAGCAAGGUCAACGACGUACUGCGAGGAGACGGUUUACUAGGCUGCUACAACCUUCUCCACGACCUUGCGCUUUCGCACAAGCUCAACAGCCUUCGCAGACAAGCUCUAGAUAUGGUUCGGAAGCAGUGGUGUGAGAGUCUUAGAGUUAAUCUAAUCAACCGCACGUUGGUCGUGCAGUACUGGCUGAAUCGGCCAAGGCCUAAAAGCUGGAUAGAAUUAGGCGUAAAGAGCGGGCGUCGAAAAAACCGGAGAGAUCGAUUAAGGCCAGCAGAGCCCUUUCUGGACCUACGAUGGAUGCCUGAGAAAGAAGAGAACCACGAAAUCCUGGUUGACUUCAAUGCAUCACCAUUGUCCAUCGAGAAUAUGCUGUGCGGUGCAAUCUCUCGCCAUUCGAGCAUCAUCCUGGAGAGGCUUUAUGAGAAAUUGUUAAAUUUCAGGCUGUAUGCUGGCGGAAAACAUGCCCUGGAACUUUCUAUUUCCGACGCGGAACCAAGUGACUGCUCAUUGCAUAUCCAAUUGACCAACAGCAAGCACGUCACUCUCUCGAUCGAGCCCAUUACCGGUUCCCUAAUCUUACGGCCUGCUUCUUCGUUGUCAGGUAGAACCGAAUUUGAGCUGAACCGGCUCCAAAAUCCCGUGGAUGAUGGCGUUCAGCAUAUCAGUAUGCUGCGCUGUCUAGUAGCCGAACAGGAAUUUACUCAGCACGCGAAUAUUGCAGGCUGGAAGGUUGUGCAAACCUUCCGGCUAUCACAACGUGAGCUGAGAGCACUUUUCCCUUCGGCUGUUUUGCGAUACGUUUUGAUUCGGCAACACUCGUGGCAACAGAAUGCUAUGGUUGCCGCUACUUUCAGCAUGGAGAGUGACAAUUGGUGGCUGCUAUAUCCUGGUGUGCAAGGUUCAAGCGGAGAUCCAAAAGCCCUUGUGCCACAACGCAUUCCUCGUGUGGAAUGGCAAGAAGAGAGCAAAACGAAUUCUACUGCAUUGUUAUCGCAGCUGAAGGAGUACGCGUCUGGAGCAAUCACUUUCAAGAUCGCUGAACAGGAGCUGAAACAGAAAAGCCUGCACUUCCAAUCAUUUGCGCUGCCGCAAUUGCAGAAGCACGUUCCGUUGCCAGUUAUGAAAGUGCGAUAUGCUCUUACCGAUGAAGCACGUACUAUGAGGUCUUUAAUGUCCGACGCGGAAUCUAAAAAUGAAGUACAUGAUGACAAGAAGGAUGAUAACCCAUCUUGGAUACAGUCGACUGUAUGCUUGGGCUUCUGCGGCUUUAACAAAUCCACGAAUAGUGCUCUACUCCUUGCCAAAGGCCGUACUAAUGCAUCCACAGAUGUCCUUGAAAGCUUGAAUUCACUGGUCGGCUCGAAAUUCAAGAUCAACACCAAAGCAGGUGAAUUCGUCAUGAGCUUUCAGGUACCGAUAGGAAUCUCCAUUGUCCCAGAGCUUUUCACAGGUCUCCGUAAUCUUGACAGCCUGUUGUCUUGCCUUACGAUUGUCAAGAGCUUCGAGUCAGUGAGGAUUCAGUCACUAUCACUAUCUCAAAUUGUUAUCGAGUAUAAUCCAGAGGCAGAGCUUACUACCUCUAUCGACUUUCCCUCUUCUAACUCGUCAGUUGCUAUCCGUCUAUUGCCAGAAGGUUUUAAUCCUCAUACACGUAUCUCUCAUUUCAUUGAGAAUCUGCUCGCUGACCGCAAACGGCGUUUUACUGCCAAUCUUGGAGGAGUUCUGACAAUGCUAUCCACCACGUAUCCUUUGCUGACAUUGUUUGAUGAACUCGAAAAGCUUCGAAAUGCGUCAGAUUCUGCGAUAGAAAGCGAGGCCUCUUCAUCAUCCACAGUCCGCCUUCAUGCGAUUGCUCGCUCUCCUACACAUUAUGCUCUACAGUAUUUUGCAUCAUCCACAUACUCCUCCACGAUGAUUGCUCGUGUCGAGAUCUUCCGCCAUCUCCGGCGAGACAGCCCUGUCUGGAUCUUACGCCCUGCGAUCGAGGAGACGUUCGCAUAUUCACGUUCCUCCUUCAUCAACACUGCUCUCAAGCAGAAGCUCAUGGACGACGUUUUCAAUAUCCGAGGCGCACAUGGAUGGCUAGGCCUUGACACCGGUGCUUUAUCUCCGAUCGAUAGUCCAGGUCCGCUUGUGAGAAAAAUCGAUGAGGUGGUCAGGACAUGGGCAAAAGAGCGGUUGAAAGACCUGCUCGGGGAGUCGCACGGACAGGAACAGCAGUCUUCCAAAGAUGAAACGAGGGCGUCAGCGUCCGAGUCCGCGCCUAUACCCAACCAUUCCGCGGAUUCUACAUCACAUCAUCAACAAAAUCAACAGCACCAUCAACAGCACCAACAGCCGCAGCGGCCCGGAACUGGAGGAUCAAACCCUACCAUCAACGGCACCAUCCAAGGCAGACCAGCAGCCAACACGCAGAAACCAGCAUCACAACGUCAACAUAGUGCCAAAGACAUCAUCAAUCUCGAUUAA